AUGUUAACGGCGGAAAACAAUUACGUAGAAUGUUCUAGAACUUUUUUUUUUUUCGAUCUAACACGAUCCAUAAGUAACAUAGAUGGAGCAGAAUAUAAUUGUAAUAAAACACAAGUUCGAAAAGUUAUAUCGGGAGUCGGGGGAGCAGCGUCUAGUGUUACGUCAAUACAAGUUGCCAAUUUAUUAAGACUCUUUAGGAUACCGCAAGUAUCUUUUUUUUCAACGAGUCCAGAACUUAGCAACAAACAAAGAUUCGAAUAUUUUUCACGUACGAUACCAUCCGAUCAUUAUCAAGUUAAAGCCAUGGUUGAAAUUGUUCGACUUUUGGGUUGGUCCUACGUUUCCAUUAUAUACGAAGAAAGCAAUUACGGAAUUAAGGCGUUCGAAGAACUGGAAGAUUUAUUUGGUAAAUACAACGUUUGCAUUGCCGUUAAAGAAAGAUUGGUUAAAGAUUCUGGAGUUGCAGACGAAACCGCUUACGAUCACAUCGUUCAUAAAUUACUUACGAAACCGAGAGCAAAAGGUGCCAUAAUAUUUGGUUCUGAUCAAGAAGUUGCUGGAGUUAUGAGAGCAGUACGUCGUUGUAAUGCAACCGGAAGUUUUUCCUGGAUCGGUUCGGAUGGCUGGAGUGCCAGAUCGUUAGUAUCAGAUGGAAACGAACCCGAAGUAAGUAAUUUAAAAAAUUUUUUUCAUAUAAAAUUAAAAGAAAUCCCUGUUGGAAACCUUAUUCAUUUUACUUUCUCGAAUGGAAUGAUUCGAAAAAUGAAUAAUAAUAAUAAUUAA